UUGGACUAGGCGGCCGUGCUCGCAGCUGCCCCCCAGAGAGGGCCCGCCCUCCCGCCUGCCGGGGCGCAAGGCUCCCCACCGCCGCCGUCCUUGCACGCCGGCCGGGCAGGCAGCGGGGCACGCCCCAGGGGCGGGGGCUGGGGGUCGGCGCGCCGCUGACCGCCUGCGCCUCGCCACUUGCGCCGGGGCAGGCAGCGCGCACAAACUUGUUGCCCAGGGAACUUUGCCGGAGACUUUGCCUCCAGGGCGGAGAGACCAAGGAAAAAUCUUGUUCAAAAAUGAGGUGAAUGGACGCUCAGGCACUCAAGAAUCCUGGACAGCUACAUGAGGUGUUUAAAAACUGUCCUGACCACCUUGGCACACAAGUCUCUGUCAUGAGGCCCGACAGGAUGAACACGUUGCGAUGGGACAGUGUCCUGCUCUGUAGGAACGGUGACUGCUGACCUGCCAGAAACAAGCUGGGGACUGCAUGUUGGCUGCCAGUACAAUGAAGGAAGUGGUUUAUUGGUCACCCAAGAAGGUGGCAGACUGGCUGCUGGAGAAUGCUAUGCCAGAAUACUGUGAGCCUCUGGAACAUUUCGCAGGCCGGGACUUGAUCAACCUAACCCAAGAGGAUUUCACAAAACCCCCCUUGUGCCGAGUCUCGUCCGACAAUGGUCAGCGGCUGUUGGACAUGAUAGAGACCCUGAAAAUGGAGCACCACAUGGAAGCACACAAGAACGGCCACGCCAACGGGCACCUCAGCAUUGGCACAGACGUCCUCUUCCCCGACGGCAGCUUCAGCAUCAAGGUCAAACCCAACGGGAUGCCAAACGGGUUUAGGAAGGAGAUGAUCAAGAUCCCCAUGCCAGAACCAGAGCGCUCCCAGUACCCCAUGGAGUGGGGCAAGACUUUUCUGGCCUUUCUUUAUGCACUUUCUUGUUUUGUUCUCACCACAGUGAUGAUCUCGGUCGUCCAUGAACGAGUACCUCCUAAGGAGGUGCAGCCUCCACUACCGGACACGUUUUUUGACCAUUUUAACCGGGUGCAGUGGGCCUUUUCUAUUUGUGAAAUUAACGGCAUGAUCCUUGUAGGACUCUGGUUAAUUCAGUGGCUGCUCUUAAAAUACAAGUCUAUUAUUAGCAGAAGAUUUUUCUGCAUAGUUGGCACGCUGUACCUGUAUCGGUGUAUUACAAUGUAUGUAACUACACUCCCAGUACCCGGUAUGCAUUUCAACUGCUCUCCGAAGCUUUUUGGAGACUGGGAAGCCCAACUGCGGAGAAUAAUGAAGCUCAUUGCUGGCGGUGGCCUGUCCAUCACUGGCUCUCACAACAUGUGUGGGGACUAUCUGUACAGCGGCCACACAGUCAUGCUCACACUCACCUACUUAUUUAUCAAAGAGUAUUCCCCUCGACGACUCUGGUGGUAUCACUGGAUUUGCUGGCUUCUCAGCGUGGUUGGAAUCUUCUGUAUUCUCUUAGCGCAUGACCACUACACUGUGGACGUGGUGGUGGCAUAUUACAUCACCACAAGACUCUUCUGGUGGUACCACACUAUGGCCAAUCAGCAAGUGCUAAAAGAAGCCUCCCAGAUGAACCUCCUGGCCAGGGUGUGGUGGUACAGGCCAUUUCAGUACUUUGAAAAGAAUGUCCAAGGAAUUGUACCUCGAUCUUACCAGUGGCCCUUCCCCUGGCCAGCAGUCCACCUCAGUAGGCAAGUUAAAUACAGCCGGUUGGUGAAUGACACAUAACAGCUGUACAAAGUGGGGGAAAGAGGAACUGUCCCAAGUGCUAAGAACUCCAUGAGAGAAGAUGCCAUAAAAUAAACACCUCCCUAAUCCUGUUAUCUUUCAGCAGUUACCUUGACUUAACCUAUUGAGUUACCUGGUCAGCACUGUGAUCUUUUUUUCUCUCCAAAGGACCUGCGUUGGACAACAAUAAAGAAAAUUUAACCUAUCAUGCACUGUACACAUUUCCUGUUCAUAAGUUUGGGAUUUACGUAACCCGCAGCCACCAUGUUCCUUUGUAUAUGAUGCAACAGCAUAAAUGUAAGCUUUUAUAUCAUAAGUUCUGGUCUUUCCAGUCACAUCUGGAAAUAAAGCGUAUUAUUUUCUUGGGAAAACAUACUUUUCAUAUCUCUUGCCCCAAAGAUUGGGCUGUAAGCCAUUUUCUAGCAGAUGUCUCUAUGAAGGUUUCUAAGUACCUGAAUGGGGUUCGAUGCUGAAAUCUUUCUACUUGUUGCGCCGAUAUUCAAAUAAAAAUGACAGACACAGAAAGGUUUGGUAACUUUGGGUUUUGUAAAAUCAGCAGAGACAGUGUGUCAAAAAGUGCAAAAAAAAAAAAAAAAAGAUUCUGUUAUAAAGUGAUUUUCUAAGUAUUUCCUAACUUUAUUUUUCAAAAUGAUGUAUGAAAACCAAAUUUAAAGAUUUUUACAUGUCAAAGAAAAGAAGGGUAAAAUUUAAAAAUGCUUCUUGGGAGAGAAAUUUGUCUAUGUUUCUAGUGCCUUUCUUGUCUUGAUUGUAUGGUCAGUAGGCAAUCUUAAAUGUUUUUAUUUAAAAUAAAGUAUUCCAUGAAAAUAUAAAUGUAUGUAUACACUACUAAAUUUUACAUUUAUAGCUAAGUUAAAUCAGAAGACUGCUUAUGGUUUUUAAAUUGCUCUGAAUUAAAGAAUGGGAGAGUUAAUUAGAAAGUCAGAGCCUGUUCCCAUAUUGUGAGCAGGUGGCAGUGACAUGUACCACUUAAAUUAUUUUAUCAUCUAUUUGGUAGUUCGAUUUUAACUAUACAAUGAAAACAGCCAUGAAGACUUUUUUUUAAAAGAGAGUUUUGAAAAUGAUCACUUAACUAAAACUUGAAAGCUAUAAAUUAGUUAUCCAUACUCUCAUGACAAUUUUGUUGGUGAACAACAAAAAAGAGAUCUAUUUCUUUAAAAUAUAUUUGUGCAGAAACUGCAUGUAACUCUAAGUUUUACUCCUAACAUAAGUAUGUUUGGGGAAGUAUUCUAUUCUAUACUUGCCAAUGUGGAGAACAAAAUAGUUUUUUAAGAGUGAAGAAGUAUAUAUAUCCAUUCUGUAUUUUACGUGCAGCAGAAUUAUCUUCCGUAGGGUUUUUUGUGUAUUCACAAGGUGAUAUUUGUAUUGUAAAACAAUAAUGGUGAAGGAAAUAAAAAGGCUUUUAAAAUUUUGUUUGUUUUAAAUCUUUGUAAAGUUACUAUUCCGGAGAGUAUACUGAUGUCUUAACAGCUUACCUAGAUCAUAAAUUAAUCAAAACGCACUUUUUAA